AUUAUUUUUCUCACGGCCACUGUAUUUUUGAAGUAACGCGUUUUAAUUUCAAAAUAACUUUUAUAAUCAUUGUUCUAAAACUAGUUUAUGAGAAUUGGCGAAAAUAAAAAUAUAGAAAUGAUUGUUAAUUGAGUUAUAGAAAAGAUUUAAAAUGUCAGUGUACCCGAUUUUGCUGCAUACAGUAGCAUGUGGAUGGUAUGUAUUUUUUUGGUAUCAAAAUCAAUUAUCAGUAUCACCUACAGAGGACAAAGAAGAAUGGCAUCCAUUGUACCGAAAUUUAAUUGAAUUUAGAUUUAGAUUCUUCACAAACUGGAAUUUGAUUAUGCAAACGUUAUACUUCAGCGACUGUUUACUUCACGAUAUCAUGAAAAUUCUCAAUGGGCCAAAUUGGCUUAACUUGGGAACCAAAUUCCAAAAUUUACUGUCUGCUACCUUUGCCUCUCUUAUACUACCUUCUGGAAUAGUUGUAUCGGCGACAUUUUGGAUCUUUUACAACAUUGACCGAGAGGUCAUUUAUCCAGAAGUAUUAGACAACUACAUACCAAUUUGGCAAAACCAUGGAAUGCACACUGUGGUCUUACUGCUGGUUUUAGCUGAGCUAAUAACUACCAAACACAGAUUUUUGCCCGUGAAAGUUAUAGCAACGAUCUUUUCUUCCUACAUAUUUUUUUACUCAACCAUUCUUGUGGCUACCUACGUGGAAAAAGGCCGUUGGUUGUACCCGCUCUUCGAAAAGUUCAGCUUGCCAGUGGCAAUAGCCGUAAUUAUAUGUUUUCAGUUCGCCUUCGCUGGAUGUUUAUUUGCCGGUAUCUUUAUCCAAGAUCAAGUCUGGGGUAAAGAAGAGAAAAGAGAAAACAGAAAAACUGUAGCAAAAUCAGAAUAACUCAGUACUUUCCAUUAAAUAUAGUAUUUAGUACAUCCCAUAGUUAUAAAUUACAUGUUAUGUAUUCAUUUGAUUAAAAUAUACUGCUU